AUGACCAAGUUGCAAAUAAUUAUCGUCGGCCUCUUUGGUGGUCUGCUGUUGGCCUCCCCUUGUCCAGCAAUGUCGCUGUUGCCGACAGUCGACUUGGGAUAUUCUCAGUAUCGGGGAACGUCGCUGUCCAAUGGUGUUGACCAAUAUCUCGGGAUAAGAUACGCGAAGGCACCCUUAGGCGACUCGCGAUUUCGGGGCCCGGAAGAUCCAGAAGAGACUGUAGGGGUUUUGGAUGCAUCAUCGGUAAUACUGCUAGUCACCGUUGGUUUAGGCCAUCAAACUGACUUCGAUAGUUUGGACCCCUUUGUAGGACUGUUUAUUUGUCAAUGUCUGGCGGCCAACGACAGCGAGCGCGGAUUCCAACCUCCCUGUCUGGCUGUUCAUUCAAGGGGUGGAUACGCUAACAAUGCGAAUGGCAACUAUAACGGCAGCGAGGUUGUUCGAGAGUCUGGCCACACCAUUAUCUUCGUCAACUUUAAUUACCGCGUCGGUGUUCUUGGAUUCCUGGCUAGUGAACACGUGCGGGAAAAUGGGGAUCUCAAUGCUGGACUUCUCGAUCAGCGUAAAGCACUCUAUUGGGUUCAGAAGCACAUUCGCAAAUUUGGAGGCAACCCAGACCAUGUAGUUAUUCAUGGUGACUCUGCCGGUGCAGGUUCAGUCGCCUAUCAUCUCACCGCAUAUGGUGAGCGUAAUACAGACCUUUUUAUUGGGGCAGUGGCAGAGUCGCCAUUCUGGCCCACUCAAAGGACAGUCGCGCAGAUGGAGUUCCAGUACGACCAGUUCGUGGAAGAUACUAGCUGCCACAAGGAAGAGGACUCUUUGGCAUGCUUGCGUUCUGUGGAUAUCAAAACGAUUCAAAAAUUCAACGUCGAGAAGUCGUUCCCAGGGGGCAGUUCCGUGCCAGUCCCCGAGUGGUAUUUCCUUCCUGUUGUUGAUGGAACUUUGAUCCAUGAUCACCUCUACAAUCUGUUCAGUGAAGGGAGGUUCGUUCACGUGCCCUUGUUAGUCGGGGAUGAGACAAAUGAGGGCACCGAGUUUGCAUACAAUGCGAGCAGCAAGUCUGAAGUGGCUCAGUUCAUGAAGAACAAUUAUCCCGGACUCUCCCAUGACCAACUUGAAGCCAUCAACAAGGCAUACGAAGAUGCGAAGCCCCUUCCUAAGCACGCGGCUUAUUUUGCAUCAGCUGCGGGCGCUUACGGAGAUGCGACAUUCACUUGCCCAGGGAACUUCAUGACCGCGGCGAUGGCUGGAUCGUUCUCGUCCGAUCUUGCCUGGAAUUAUCGGUAUAAUGUCCGCGACCCCACAAAUAUUGCAAAUGGGAUGGGUGUUCCUCAUGUGUUUGAUUUGCCUGCAAUUUUUGGGGUAGGGAAAACCAAUGAGCCAGCCUUGUCAUAUGCCAGCUCUAACGCAAAGAUCGUGCCCGUCACCAUGCACUACUACUUGAGCUUCGUCAGAUUCUUAAACCCCUAA